CCAUGAUUGUGUACUCAAGAACCCCUGUCGCAGGCUGUGAACGGGCUGCAAAAAAUCAACUUCAUGCGAGCAUCGUCUGUGGUGUAUUUAUGUGGGCUUGCCUUCGCGAUCUUGACAUUGGUGUUAUCUCGAACAUAGUUCAUCGACGCCUACGCACCCUUCACCAGCGGUAGCUCAGCUGUUCACUUCGCUAUCUUAGCCAGCGCACGAUUGCGAUCACGUUGGUUUGUUUACAGCUAGUAGGUGAUCGGUAAGAAAUGGUGUGUGUAGGUACUACGUUGACUUUUCCUUUUUGUCAUUUCAAACUAACGGCUUCUUGCCUAAGUUGAAUUCUUAGUUAUGUCAGAAAUAGAUAUGUCUUCGCUGGAACAGAGUGAUCGCUCUUCACUUCACGCGCAUUGCAAGUUUGCCACCUUGAACAUUUUCAAAUCCGUGCGCCAGCCACUGUAUUGGCGGCGUAAUGCUUAGUAAAAAGUUAAUCUCAUGCUUUGUGUGCUAACAUUCGUUUUUUUUUUUUUUUCACACAGUUGGGCGCAUAGUGAUUGAACUUUUCCGGCAAAUUCAACCACAGACUACGGAGAACUUUCGAGCCCUGUGCACUGGAGAGAAAGGAGUGGGAGUCAGCAAAGUGCCUCUUUACUACAAGGGAUGCAAGUUUCACAAAAUUAUGCCAAAAUUCAUGGUACAAGGUGGGGACAUCACACAUGGAGAUGGAAGCGGAGGAGAAAGCAUCUACGGCCGCUUUUUCCCAGACGAGGACCUUUCACUAAAACAUGACCGUCCAGGACUAGUGGGCAUGGCCAACAGUGGGCCGAACACGAACGGCUCGCAGUUUUAUAUUGUGACCGUGCCCACCCCCCAUCUUGAUGGCAAGCACGUCAUCUUUGGUCAGGUUGUCAAAGGCAUGGGUGUGGUCUCUGUGCUGGAGUAUGUUCGCACCAACGAAAGUGACGUGCCUGCUGAGGAAUGUGUCAUAGAGAACUGUGGUGAGAUACCCCCUGGUGGUGACUUUGGCAUUUGUGAGCAGGACAACACUGAAGAUGUUUUUCCUCCUUUCCCUGAUGACUCAGACCUUGACUUCAGCAAUAUUGAGCACAUAAUGUGUGUGGCUGAAAAAAUCCGGCAGUCGGGUAACCACUACUUCCGGAAAGAAGACUAUGUUUCAGCAAAUGCCAAGUACAAGAAAGCUUUGAGGUAUCUCAACAGGCUACACGAGGUGAACGAGCUUUCCAAAGAGCAGGAGAGCAAGAUUGCCAGUGUGGUACUGCCUUGCAUUCUUAACAGUGCUGCAUCCAAGCUGAAGUUAAAGAGGUACCAUCAAGCAUUGGAUGACUGUGAUGAGGCCCUUGACCUUGAACCGAGACACCCCAAGGCACUCUUCCGGAGAGGCCAGGCUUUCCACGGCAUGAGGGACUAUGACAAAAGCAUGGCAAACCUACAGCAAGCACUCUCCCUCUCCCCCAACAAUAAAGCAAUACUUUCAGAGAUUGCAGCUGUAAAAGGUGAAAUGCAAGCCUACAAGGCAAAGGAGCGCAAGGCCUAUGCAAAACUUUUCAACUGAGCUCAGGCACGGCAUCCUUCAUCCACAUAGUCCACUGAUUUCGGCACCACGCUGCUGUUCCCUCCAGAGCUUGGACAGCUCUUCCGCAUCAGAAGUGGUGGUGCGCACUUUAACAAGUUCCACGCAUUCUUCACCUGAAGGCAACACCAGUGUGCGAGGGCCACUUGCUCUGAUCAGCUCAAACCCACAAGUGUUUAAGCAACUAGCUUGAAUCGACUGGACACUGUCACCGUCCCUCCUUGUUUGUCGAGAAGCUUUUACAAUAGACAGUUUUAGUGUAGCGUAUAGCAGCAAACACAAAGAGUUAGCGUUAACGUCGCAUGCUCCACACUGCGCCUGCGUUGUGCGUUAACGGUGCUGGAUCCCUUACGUACGUAUGCUAUUUUUGGGAUUUAGUGUUGAACGCUAACGCAUGCAAGGUGAGCCUUAUGUAUGGCAACAUGAAGGCACCAGUCGAAACAAGAGCUGCCCGCUUCGGAUCUAUCAGGUCGUCAGCCUGCACAGUUCGUCUUAGUCGUUCCCCACUAAUGCUCAUAUUUGUUUUGAUUUGCGUGAUGAUUCUUCAAGAUUGUUGUACAGGUUACAAAUGGGUGUUGUUUUCGAGAGAAGUUCUUGAUUAGCGGCGCAUUAGGCUUAACAAGAGAGGUUGCUUAUGUUUGCUCAUGCUUGCUGUAGCUGUGUUGAGAUGGCGCCGUUUAUGUUCAUGUUAGCAUUUUGCUCCGUUCUGCUAUUCUAAAGGACUAGUUUGUGCUGCGCAGAGCAACCUUACUUAGCGUUAGUGUUGCGUCGCACGCUAUGCAAGCAUUUUACGCUAUACUAAAACUGUCUAGUGACAGCCAUUUUCCUUUUAUACCAAUUAGAGUGCAGCAGUUGUAGCUCCCAACUUAUAUAGAGGACCGUUAAAGGGACCCUAAAGGCAAAUACUUAGUCGAUGUGGACUGUUUAAAUACCAUGCCAGAAACCUCGCAAUGCUUGUUUCAUGUCAAGAAAAGACUUACUUUACAAGAAAAUUGCGUCUGAAGUGUCCAAAGACCUUUUUCGAAAUUCAAAUCUUCUGCCACCCAACAAGGGGAGUGGUGACGUUGCAUGUGCCAUCACCACCCCUUGCUACCAUCGGUGAUUAAUACGGCGCCCGACAGACUGCGGUACCGAGCCAUCACAGAGUGGUGGAUUAGCCCCUGCAGCUGCUUUUUGGUCAAGUGGCAUAGAUUGUUCGUGCAUCCCACGACAUCACAUGGAAGUUGAAUUAUCUGCUACUUGCAGUUUGUCCAAGUUUUGCGAGCCAGCAAAACCAGUGCAGUACUACACGGUAACAAAACUGCUGAAACACGAAAGCGUGGGCGGCGCGGAGUUGGGCGAAUGCGAAACCUUUUGACCGCCCGUGUUGUUGUGAAGGGUAAUUUCAAUGAGUUACUUUUCAUAAAAAUGAUAUCGAACUGGAGAAGUAGCAUUUUAUUUCGUCCUAAAAUAGAAUACAAGGCUGUUUUUUGCAACGAGUGGUUGAGUACUAGUGACAGUAUUUAACUGGGGAAUGCCUGCGUCAUCGGGCAAGUACUUGAAUGUCCCGGGGGAGUCUCUAAUCAUGUCCAGCAUUUAUCUCAAUUUCUCUAUUAUUAAGACUUUGUUCGUGAUAAUAUCGAUGCCUUAGAGAUUCUCGAGCACUAAUCUAUCACUUUAGCCUGAAUUAAUAUUUGCCUUUAGUGCCCCUUUAACUGUUUCCCUGCCAUGGGGAAAAUAGAUGUUUGUUGUAAGUUACGGCAAUUUAUUUUUCUGAAGGAACUACUGCACUCAAUAUUUUAUGCAAUUCAUAAACAAAAGCAGAAUGAAUGUGCUUUUCACACAUUAAACUUUCAUUAACGCGACAUAUGUCAUAAAAGGGAUAUAAAUUGCCACAUUCAAGAUUGUGGAAUAAGAUUGAACAAAGUUUGUGAAGACAUGCUUGUGUAUACUAAGAAAAAAGUGUAACAAUAAUUUUGAGAUAUAUAAAAUGUGUUUUCAUCUAAUAGACACUAUAUUCAAAAAAAUCAAGUUUUCAUUGAACAGGUAUUCCAGUACAAAAAUUUAAGUGCAAGCACUACUGUUUGGCGUGCCUGGCUGUGGCCGCCGAUGUUCUGGGCUGCCGUGCGUCGCCGUCACUCUCAGAGUCAGUCCUACAAUGAGGCAGCAUCCUCAGACUCACUGCUGCUCUGCUCAGUCCAUUGAUAAAAUUUUCCACAGACGCUGUGGAAUCGCAAGAUCUACAAUCUAUGGAAGUGCGCGUGCCGCUCCCGGAAGCGGCCAUUUUUGCUUUCUGCUUUGACGAUUCCCAAACGUCGGUGUGAGUUCAAAAUUAAUGCCUGGCAGGGAAAAUAGCUAACUGCUUAGAAAACAAGAAUAUAGUUCUCCUCCUUCAUGUCUUAUGGCGCAAAGUGUCCGUGAGCAGCACAGAAGGCCUCGAAAGCAGCAUUUGAAACCAUCGAUAACAAGCAGCCAUUUUUGCUUUCUACUUAGACGAUCGCAAGAACUUCGGAGUGCAUUCAAAAAUCACUGCCUGGGGGGAAAAAGCCAACUUUCACGUCCAAUAGCACAGUGUGUCCGUGAGCAGGGUGCAAAGUCUCAAAAGUGACGUUUCAAACCAUCGUUAGCAGGUUAAUGAUGCCUAAUAGGUGCGGUACGGAAAGAGGUAAGCCGCUUUCUGAGAACAUGUCACAGAUAGUUAAAAGAUUGCACAACAUUGCCAUGUUGUGUCAUAACAGGCGAAACAUGACUGCCGUUUUAUCUAAACUUUGCGCCGACUGCGCCUAAAGCUGCUGAAUUUCAUGAAAUGCUGGCAUUCACUGAAGCAUACAUAGCUGUACAGCUACACUCUUUGCAGUCUUUAGCAGAGAAGGCUAACAAUUUCAGCAAAUCUGUCUAACACAAGAUGCAGCACUUCUAGGUGCGAGGCAUUUCUGCACAUAUAAAUAGCAGCUGUUAGUCGAUACGAAUACAGCUACAUUCUAUUGCAGGCACAGUUAUGUUAGCCAAAUGCAAAUUGAACAUUAGUGUAUAACAUUGUCAGCGUUGCCGGUGCAAGUCUAUUGUCCCAUAGAGGUCUGGGAAGUAACUUGAGUCUGUGCCCACUGCAUUUAAGAAUAACAUAGUACUGGAAAGCCAGCUAGCAAUAGAAAUACUGUCUUCAUAUAACAACUGAUAUCGCUUGAUGUUGUUGCUUGCUGCCUGCAAAGCAUGCAGGGCCUGUACCUUGUGUGUCUUCUGUGCGGCAGUUGUAUUGGCAAUACUACUAGAAUAGACUUCCGUUAAUUCGAUCCCAACUGAAGGUCCCUGCCAGCUCCCAUGCAUUUCUAUGGGCCCAAGCUUUCGUUAUUUUGAACCUAGAAUUGGCCUUCGCCGGAUAAUUCGAGCUUGUUCAAUCAGCACACACUUGCCUGACCCCUAUGGUGAUCCCAGUAACAACCCUUUAGUGACAGCGUCGAUCUGAGCAGAGCUUAGGUAAGAGUGAAUGCACUAAGCACACGUCACCUUUCGCCAAAAAUGCUUAUUUUCGGCCUGCCCUAGGAAUAUUUUCAAGCAAUAACCGUAUAUCACACUGGCUGAUUACUGUACUUACCGAAUUCAAUGCAUAUUUUUUUCCCCAAUAAGGAAUGGGCCGAAAAUUUCCUGCGUGGUGCAAUUGUAUACCAAACCAAAAAUGUCUUCAUGGCGUUUGUAUGCCCAUCAGCAUAAAACAAAUUUAUAGCGGCGAAGCUGACUUUGAAUAAACCGGCCAUCAUUGUGCAAGACAUGUAUUGCUUGCAAAAGAAAAAAUUGGGUGUGCGUUAGGUUAUUGCUUUGCUUAGCCGCUUUAAUGUCAUUUCUACAUUAGUUUUCCCACUUUGAACAAAUAGAAAGUCUGCCCAUUUGAUUCGGGGGCAUGUUUAAUCGUGCAGAUACUUGCAAAUUAAUCGCUAAUGUGCUUUUGGCAUUUCUUUCUGCAUCUUGUUUAAUUCGACCCGCUAGAAAAUUCGAUCAAUUUCAUCAGUCCCUUCAUGGUCAAAUUCAUGGAAGUCGACUCUAUAUAUAUAUAGGCAGGUUUGUAUUUUUUCGUACAAGUUUGGCACACACCAGAGACAUUGCAGUGGGGAACAUAUGUUCUAACUUAAGCUGAAUGGCGAGCGCUUCGCUGAUGAUGUUAAAAUAUAACCGACUUAGCUGCAAUUCCCAACUUUGGAAUGGCAUAGGGAGUUGUCAAACAUUUCAGAAACACCCAUCUCUUUAUUAAGUAUCACGGCCAGCCACCUUGUCAUACAUUUAUUGCUUAGGGUAUUCUGAGGCAUUGCCCAUGUAUUUUUUUUUUUUUUAAUUAUGAGAGGAUUCAUUGCUUGCAUCAUCACCGAGUAUAGAAAAGAGCCCUUCUGUAUAGUAGUUUCACAUGGUGGCAAACUUGGCUUUGCAGAGCAACAUGGUAGUGCUCUGUGAUAGCCAUAUGUUAAAGUUAAAAAAAAGUCUGGCCACUUACAUCUUUUCUUUUUCAGUUAUUUGCUUUACAGCGUUUUUUUUUUUUUUUUUUUUUGCUUUUCUGGCACAUUACAUAGCUUCUUAGAAACUGCACAAAAACAUGUACAUACUUGUCAUGGGUGCCAUGGAUGCUUGUUGACCCGUUUCUGUAUAUAAUAUAGUGUGUGGAAACAUUUGGUACUUGUAUUGAAGAGGUGUCUGGAGGAUUGUCUUUCUUGGUGUUGACUGUAUGAAUGAGUCUUGUAAAAAUAUAAAACAGUGAAUUAGUUGUCUCA